CAAAGGCCUUGUAUCUUUACGAGUUCACUACCCAUCAAUCAAUUUGAUAGGUUAAACACGGAGGUCAUGUAGUUCUGAUUAACGUAAGCUACUAAUAAAUAUGACACCACUUGGAGGCACAGCUCAAAUUUCAAAACAAAAUGUCAAUGUUAAAAUCCCUCUCGUCAAGCAGAAUGGUAUAGCUAGUGAGUACUCGAAGCAAUUAGAGUUAAAAGGGAAGGUGUAUAAGCUCAUGAUACAGAUCGAUAAGAUUAGAGCCAAGCCAGGACCCAAGUGCAAGAAGCCGGUGCUUUUGGCCUCCAGUAGGCGUGAAAAAUUGGGAAAAAUUAAGGAAAUACUUGAUGAACAGUCUGGAGAUCGCCCCCAGGAAGAUGUGGGGGUGAGAACUGAUCCAGAACAUGUCGGGGUCCAGUGGCAGUGCAGUGAGAGAAAAUCGAACAAUAAGAAUCGGUGUCCAUUGUGUCAGGAGCAUGUGGACUCACUCCUAGCACUUUUUACCCAUCAUGAGACGAAGCAUUUCGUUUGUCAGUUGUGUGAUACACCUUUUGUUUCACAAGCAGCCUGUGAUAGGCAUGAGGCUCUACAUCAGGGGACCGAUGCGCUGCUUGUUUAUAAAUGUCAUCUGUGCGAGCAGAGCUAUGACUGUACGAAGAAUUUGAAGGUUCACGUCAAGAAGAGCCAUUGGGAGAUUGUGGAUGUGGGGUGGAAGGUUGGUUCUGAGGAGGUGAAAGUAAUCAUCGAGAGGCUGGUUUAUGAGUGCAGAAUCUGCAGGAUUAGUGUGAAGGACGAUGAGAAUUACAG